UAGCCGGGGCGGAGGGAGGAUGUGCGUCGCUCCUCCUCUGUGCCCUAGUGUUGUGUGGACCAUUAUCAGCCCCCAUUACCUCCCCAUCCCAGCAACCCAUUAGUGCAGGGAUCCAGUGUAUAUAGUGCUAGUUAUUGAUGCUACACGCCCCCUCUGGACGCCGCAAUGGGGGAUGAAUCGAGUGUGAGAGUCGCAGUCAGGAUUCGGCCUCAGAUCGCCCGGGAGCUGAUCGAGAUGUGCCGCGUGUGUACCAGCGUGACGCCAGGUGAACCGCAGGUGUGGCUGGGCUCCGACAAGGCCUUCACCUACGACUACGUGUUUGACCAGCCGGUGGGACAGAGCGAAGUGUACGAUUCCUGCGUGGAGGGCCUGGUGGAGGGCUGCUUCGAGGGCUACAAUGCUACCGUUCUUGCUUAUGGACAGACGGGCUCGGGGAAGACGUACACGAUGGGGACGGGCCUUGAGGUGGAAGGGGACGUGGCGGGCGUAGGCAUCAUCCCUCGGGCGGUGGAGCAUCUGUUCAGGGGCAUCGAGGAGAGAAGGGAAGCCGCCCGCGCCACCGCCACCACGCCCCCGGAGUUCAAGGUCACGGCACACUUCAUGGAGCUGUACAACGAGGAGAUUAUUGACCUGUUCGAACCGGGAUUCAAGGGAUCGAGUAAGGGCGGCAUCAGGAUACACGAGGACUCUGAAGGGGGUAUCUACGUCACGGGCGUCACCACCAGGAACGUGACAUCGCUGGAGGAGACGAUGCAGUGUUUAAGGGCCGGCGCUCUCUCCCGCACCACAGGAUCCACUAACAUGAACACACAGUCCUCUCGCUCUCACGCCAUCUUCACGCUCCUCGUCCGCCAGCAGAGGAUAGCCCCCGUCAGCCAGGACGGGGACGAGGAAGGCGAGGGUGAGGGAGGUGAAGGAGAAGAAGGAGGAGGAGGAGGAGGAGGAGGAGGAGGAGGAGGAGGACAGCCGCCAGAUGGCAUCCCUGAGUUCGAGACACUGACAGCCAAGUUUCAUUUCGUGGACUUGGCAGGCUCCGAGAGGCUGAAGAGGACAGGAGCCACGGGGGAGAGGGCCAGAGAGGGCAUCUCCAUCAACUGUGGCCUGCUGGCCCUCGGGAACGUGAUCUCAGCCCUGGGGGACGUGAGCAAACGGGCGUCCCACGUGCCCUAUAGAGACUCCAAGCUCACCCGCCUCCUGCAGGACUCACUGGGAGGCAACAGUCGCACCCUGAUGAUUGCCUGCGUUUCCCCGAGCGACACAGACUUCAUGGAGACACUGAACACCCUGAAGUAUGCCAACCGUGCCCGUAACAUCAAGAACAAGGUGAUGGUGAACCAGGAUAAGGCAAGCAAGGCCAUCGCUAUCCUACGGCAGGAGAUACAGCAGCUCAGGGUGGAACUGAUGGAGUACAAGCAGGGCAAGAGGAUAGUCGGGGAGGAUGGUUCAGAGGCAGUGAACGACAUGUACCACGAGAACCAGAUGCUUUCCUCGGAGAUCACCAACAUGCGGACACGACUCAAGGCUCUGCAGGAGACGGUGGAGGUGCUCACGGCCAAGAACACGGCACUACUGGCGGAGAAGGCGACCAGCGGAUGGAUUACAUCGGGUGAGGGGUCUGACAUGGCUGUGGUGAUCCAGGGCUACCUCAAGGAAAUAGAGGAGCUGCGGGCCAAGCUGUGCGAGAGUGAGAACCUUUGCCAGCAACUAAGGAAGCAAAUCAACAACCGCGCCAACAACCCUGCCAGGCUCUCCAUGUCCCCCCUCCACGUCCCUAUGUCAGGUUCAAUGUAUGAGUGUGUGGAGGAGGGCCAAACGUUCACCCAGCUGAUCGAGGAGGCCAAGAGGGACCUCCAGCGAGACCUGCAGGAGGUGAAGAGGAAGAAGAGGACCUCGGGAGGCUCAGGGGGCGAGGAUGAUGAUGAAGAGGAGGAGGAAGACAAUGAGGAAGAGGAGGAAGGAGAGAUGGAGGAGAAUUAUGAGAGCUCAGAUGAAAGUGGGGAGGAUAAAGAUGAGGACGACGACUCAGACAUGGAGGAGGAGGUGCCCAGAGAGAACUACAAUGAGGAGCUUGCCGAGUUGACCAGCGAAAUUUCCAUCAAGCAGAAGUUGAUAGAAGGGCUGGAGCAGAGUCAGCGCCGCCUGGAGACCAUGAGACACCAGUAUGAAGAGAAGCUUAAUGUGCUCAUGAAUCGCAUCAGAGCCACACAGGAGGAGAGGGACAAGGUCAUCGCCAACAUCAAGUCGAGCAGCCACGCUGGGGACGACAAGGUGAAGGCAGUGAAGCAGGAGUACGAGAGGAAGAUCAACACCAUGCAGAACGAACUGAAGAAGCUGCAGGCGGCACAGAAGGAACACUCCAAGCUGAUGCGGGAGAGAAACCAGCACGAGAGGCAGCUGAGAACACUGAAGGGAGACCUGGCUGAGAUGAAGAGGACCAAAGUCAGGUUGAUGACCAAGAUGAAGGAGGACAACACAAGAGCGAAGCAGGAGGAACUGAAGAAGAACAAGGAGAUUGCCCAGCUGCAUAAGGUGUCCCGUAAGCAGGAGACGUACAUAAAGAGCCUGGAGGCGGAGAACAGGCUGAAGAAUGUGGUGCUGAAGCGCAAGACGGAAGAACUGGCGGUGUUGAAGAAGGCGCCCAAACCAGGACUCAGUGGGAAGGCUUCUGGCAGGCUGAGGAGAAGAAUAGCAGGAGGAGCAUCGGCCGCCACGUUCUCCCCCAAGGUGGCCAAGCAGAAGUGGCAGACGCUGGAGCAGAACAUCAACAAGGUGGCGUACAACAAGCAGACAGUCAGCAGCAUGGAGCGCGACAUGGAGAGGUGGCUGCGGGAGAGGGAGUCGUUGAGCCGGCAGCUGGAGCGAGUGAGGCGGAAGAGGGAGAGGGCAGACCCAACGGACAUGGCAGCGUACAAUGACCUCAACGACCAGGUGGAGGCACUACGGGCAAACAUUGACUAUAUUCACGAGAAUAUACAGGAGUGUCAGGACAACAUCAUGAGCAUGGAGGAGAGCAAGGAGCAGUCUGACUUGCUGAACAUGGAGGGGAUGACCACAGGGAUAGGGGUGGAGGAGUCCCAUUACCUCAUCCACAAACUGAUCACCAUGACCGUCAGCCAGGCAACCCUCGCAGCUCAGCGGCAAGCGGCUAUCUCAGAGCUGGAGGGAAAGAUGAAGCAGAUGGAGCAGACAACCAGCGUUCAGGAGCAGCUGCUGGCACACGUCUUAGGGGACAAAGACCUGGAGGUGUACAGUCUCAUGUCUUCCCUGGUGGCGGCCGAGGACAACACUCCAGCCUCCACCGAGUCCUCACGCUCCAACUCUCCUACUGAUGGCCUGAUGGAAACCUCUGCCACUUCGCUCGUCUCACUCGAUUCCCUAAAAAGGAGAGACAAGGCGCGACGCAAAACAGCCACCACCGAGGACAUGCUCUUCACCAAUGGAGCAGAGAAAAAUGGAAACCUCGGGGCCGUCUCCACUUCCGAUUCUGCCAACAUCGCCGCAUCAGGUCCAGCGUCUCUCCCGGAGCGCGUGACGGCCGACCGAAUGACCGUCAGCCUUGGGACAGACCGCAUGAGCACAAGUCUGGAGGGUGUGCUCAGUGACGAGGGUCUGUUAAUGCCGCCCCCGUCGUCAUCGUCCUCUGGUUCCCUGCGGCCGGUUCCCAGGGUUACCUCAGCGCCCAAUCCUCUCAAGAACCUGUUGACCCCUCGCCCUGACAAAGCCUCACCAGUCCUAAGCCGCAAGUCCUUUGAGCGAGCAGAAGUGACUUCCCCGCGCCUCGGCAGACGGUCGCUCACCUCCCUAAGCGCCUCAAACCUAAAUUUUUCCCGGCAAAAUUCUGCGGACAACAAUCCAGAGUGCACCCCACCCACCUCCCCCACCACCUACCGCCGCUCCACUUCGCGGGAUGAAAACGUCUUCUCCCGCCUCACCUCGGCCACCUCCUCUACACGGGAGACUCGGCCCAACACGGGAGUCAUCAACCCCCACGCUGGCAGGCUCCCCCAGGCAAGCCAGCGGUCGGUGCUUGCCUGCACACACGUGGCUCAGGGGCACUCCAAGGCGGUGCUCUCAGUCCAUGCCACUGACAGACUUCUCUUCUCUGCAUCCAAGGACCGCACAGUGAAGGUGUGGGACUUGGUGCGGGGGCAGGAGAUCCAGUCCCUCGGUGGUCACCCCAACAACGUCAACUGUGUGAGGUUCUGUGAGGCUCAGCACACCUGCUUCUCCGUGUCCUCCUCCUUCAUCAAGGUGUGGGACAUUCGAGAAAACCCCGCCCGUUGUGCCCGAACGUUGAGCUCAGCAGGCCUCACCUCCAGUGGCUUCCCCAUCACCAGCACCCAGUCCCGAACACUGCAGAUGCCGCCCGGCGAGACCCUCAUCACUGAUAUUGCCAUCUCCACCGCCACCAACAUCCUAUACUCCGCUGCAGGGAACAUUGUCAGAAUAUGGGACCUGCGCAAGUACUCAGCGGUGGGUAAACUGGCAGGAGGUCACCAGGCAGCCGUCAUGUGCCUAGCGGUGGACUCUACAGUGCCCGGCCAGGAUGUCGUGGCCACCGGCUCUAAGGAUCACUACAUUAAGGUAUUUGACAUCUCGGGCAGUCACUCUGGCCUGGUCAACCCUCGCCUCAACCUGGAGCCUCCACACUACGACGGCAUCCAGUCCCUCGCGCUGUAUGGAGACACCCUCUUCUCCGGCUCCAGGGACAUGUGCAUCAAGAAGUGGGACCUGCAGCGCGGGGAGCACGUACAGUCGCUCAACAAUGCACACAAGGACUGGGUGUGUGCGCUGUGCUUCACUCCUGGAGGACAGAUUGUGCUCUCAGGGUGUCGCGGGGGCAUGAUCAAGAUGUGGUCUUCUGAGAGCUGCCAGCUGAUAGGGGAGCUGCGGGCCCAUGCAUCCCCCAUCAACGCCAUCACCACUAACUCCACCUGCAUCUUCACAGCCUCCAAUGAGGGGGACAUUCGGGUGUGGAGGCCGCUGAUUGGCGUGGCUGCCGGACGGACCUUUGAACUUUCCCUCUAGGUCAGGCCACCCUCGUCCCUCACCACAAGCCUCGCCAGGAACAUGACUGCACAAUUGGUAUGUGGAGGAUGCGCACCAGCUAUGAUGUAUCCCCAGAGCUGUCCGACGCCUCCUGACCUGACCCAGUCUGCAGGUGACGUAAGGUGGGCUGAUGACCUUCUUCCUCGGGGACAAACAUUUCUAGUUCUUUUAGUUUCCGCGCCGCACCUCAGGCCAGCGCUGUGUUGUGUUGUGAGGUGCGGCUGUUGUGUACAUAUUAUUCAUGUACAGAUUUGUCUUUUUUAAGUAUUUUUUUAGCUCAAGUGCUGUUUUAGAAUAGUGAAGUCCGUUUUUUUUAUUUUAUUUUUUUAUUAUUUUUUAAAUCUUUGUGUAUUAUUUUUUAUUGUUUAUUACUCACUCACUCACUCUCGUAUUCCUCGCUGAGUCACAAGGAUCUUCCAGUACAGAGGCCAAGAGGAUCAAGAUGCUAUUUUUUUUUCUACCAUGUAAUAAUUUUUUUUAUGACUGAAAUCCUUUGUUUUUAAUUUUUAAUGGAAGUGUAAUUUUUAAAUCCUUUUUUUAUGAUAUUGUGUACCAUUUUACUUUUAUGUUUUUUUUUACGGAAUUGACUCUUUUAUUUAACGUGUGUUUUGUAUUGAUGGAUGGAAGAUCUUGAGUAAACACGUGUCCAUGUCUGUUGUGACCUGAAGGAAGUGUUUUGUUUAUUUCACGAAUAAGGAAAAGUGUAAUAUUUCCACACACAUAAACACAGUGCUGCAAAAAAAAAAAAAAAAAAAAAAAAAAAAAGUAACAUACGUACAGACAAGCAGCCAAUCCCUGACAGACACUCAUCUCAAGUGCAAUUUCUGAUCUCUGCAGAACAAAAACAAACAAACAAACAAAAAAAAAAGGAGUAAUUUAUACCCCGAGAAACUAACUAAUCAAAUUCCUGAAGUUUAGUAUUUUGUAGUUAUAUUGACAACAAAGGACUUGAGUUAGGUGUCAAAGUUAUGAUGCUGAAAUAAAUGUCAUGGAGUUUAUAGCAUAGGUAAAUUCCAGUCAACUGAACAAGGCUGGUUAUGUGUGUGUGUGUGUGUGUGUGUGUGUGUGUGUGAGAGAGAGAGAGAGAAUUUGAGUAUGAGUGUGUGUGCAUGGAUCAAUACGCCUCACUCAGUCAGUAGCAGUACGUACUAAUUAAUCAAGAAAAUAAAUCAGCUUCUUAUAUAUUUUUCACGGCACCUUGGCACUUACGGAAAUGCUAAAUAAAUCACGGCUUCAUUUGACACUCGUCCCAUCACACCACUGCUUUCACCUUGCCCACAAUUCACACACUUCAAUGCAUUACUCAUAGGCAGCCUCAGAUAUCAAAAUUUCUCCUGGAUACGUAAGAACACUCGCAUGUGCCUGUGCUUUGGUCCCUCAGUCAAGCAGAUUUUACUACUAUUGUUAUUCAUUAAGGGGAGUACAUAGUGAGUCUGGCUUUGUUGUUCAGGGGGACUUGUUGCCUUAGAGAGAGAGAGAGAGAGAGAGACUGUUGUUGUUAAUUAUUGUUGUUGUUGUUAAGACUUUCUGGGUUCAUUCAUUAAAACUACAUACGUACACAUACUACAGUUAGUGUACGUAAAUACACGCACAUGAUAUGGAAACUUACCAGGACAAAAUUGACACACACACACAAACACACAAACACACACACACACACACACACACACACACACACACACACACACACACACACACACACACACACACACACACACACACACACACACACAUGGGAAAGUCAAAUAACCAACAAGUCUUCCAUAUGAGUGAAAGAAUUUACUUUAAUUACAAAUGAAGGAAAAGUCAGGCACCUGUGAUUUUUCUGAUUAGUAUUGCAUUGAACUCAUCUUUGUCAGUAACAGAGGAAGGAGGUAAUCACAGCAGAACAAGUCAAUAUCAGUGGUCUUCUUGAAGGAACAUACAUACAGACACACACUCAACAUUUACAACAGAGAUCAGGUUUCUUCAUUAAUGUCUCUUCCAUUUAGUUAUAUUAAAAUGUGUCCUUAAUCUUGCUAACUGAUUUUUUGUAAGUGAACAGUGAUUUGAGUAGUUUUGGUACAGUUGGUAAGCCUGCCCAUCUAAAAUGUCACAGAGAACGUUGUGUAUUAUAUUGAGAUUUGAGCCCUUGAGUUCUUUGUUAUAGAUAUCAGAGGCCACAUUUAUUCAGUACUUUUCUUUGUCUUCUUCCAUUUGGUCAAAGUUAACUCAUGAUUUUAGUUAAGGAUACAUUUUUGUAUGACCAAACACUUCCACUACUCUGUUGCAGCGUCUUCAUUGUGGCCUUUGAGUCAUGAGCUUGUGUGCAGUUUUGUUGUGUUGCAGUCUGGAUGGAGAGUGAACUAAGAGCUGAAUGUCUGAAUGUCUAUAUGGAGAAACUUGAGAGAAUUAAAGCAGUAGUGGAGAGGAAGGAAAUUGUGUGAAUGUUUGUGACAAGAAUAGUAACUUCAGACAGAGAGGAUGAAAAAGUAUAUUAGGAAGAAAAGAAACAAUAGAUAGCCUUGUUAUGUAAGAACCAGGCCAACUUUAAACAAAAAGGAGUAAAGGAGAGGGGAGAAUAAUGUGAAUAUUUAUUGAGAAAAGAGGAAUUGCAGAGAAAGAAGUGAAAAAAGGAAAAGAGAAAAAUUCAGUUCCAGUGUCUAAGAAAGUAACUCCAGAGAGAAAAAAAGAGUAGGAGAGGGAAAUAUCUCUUAAAUAUCUGUGGGGAAAAAAUAGCUAACGUCAGGGAAGAGAAAAGAACUCAGAAAGAUGACAAAGAGUUUUGGCUGAGGAAUUUUACUUUUUGAGAGCUUGUACUGUGUAGUGAGUGUGUACAUUGUGACCCAUUGGAAAGACUUUGUGUGAUGUGACUGAAGCAAGGAAUGACUGAUGGAACUUGUGGUAUUCUUGGAGUGAGGGAUUAAGAAUGCUUGAGUGGAUAUUUGAAAAGGUUUGAAUGAAAGAUUAUGAAGAUGAAGCUGUGAGUACAAGGCUGGAACGUUUUAUUAGUGAUAACCAAUGACUGUCUCUGAGGUCCUUACACUAUGUAUGAAUGAAUUAUGGUACUGGGAAAGUGUUAUGUGUACUGAAUAUAAGAGUGAGCUUCAUACUUGUAUCCUCGGUGUAUGAAUGACUGGGUUUUUGGAAGUGAAGAAAUGAGUGAUAGUAUUGACAAUAUGCAAACUUGAUGAUUGAAAAUAUUUACAUGAACUAAAUAUAAAAGUUUGCCUCAUAUUUGUACCAUCAAUGUGUGAAUGACUGGGAUGUCUUAGUAAAUUGGAAAAGAAAAAAUGAUCAGGAAAUUUCAAGUUGAUGGAUGAUUAUUAAAGGAUCUGUGAAUGUGUGUUGAUGAAGGUUUGCAUAUGAAGGUUGUAUGUGGACUGGACUGAUAUGUAAAAGAUAGAUAGCAUGUUUCGGUAAGCCGCUUAAACCAUCAAUGGCUGAAUGCAGAGGAAGGUUGUGUACAUUGAAUGAGUGGAGAGUGAGAGCAGCUGUGUCAUGACUGGGAGGGCUUUGUGUGUACUGACUAUAUAGAAAGAGUCGCAGAGUUAAAUCACGGAAACCACCAAUGAGUGAAUGCAUAAAUUUACAUGUGUGACAGUUGACUGGUGAGAAGGAUUAGGUUAUUACUUAUCAUGCACCAAAAGUAAUGAAUAAAGAAGGAAAGCUGUAGUGUAGCAUUAAGUCCCUAAGUACAGCUGAGUGGGGAGCGACACAGCCAUGGGUAGUGUGACGCUGUCAUGGGGUGUUGUGCUGACCUCUCCUGUCCUCUUGUAUGCAUCUCUAGCUCAUUUCUGUUUCUAUGUACAUAUAUAUUCCUGCUCCUUCAAACAUUAGCCUGUACUCUUUUUGGACUGUAACACCAUAACACAUUUUAUUUAUAUUACUAGCUGUAAGAUCUUGGCUGAUUUAGCAAUAGCUUCUCUUAGGACUGUAUUAAUUAUGAGUGGCUGAAUUGUACACCAUGUGAUAUUGAGUCCUCAGCCUUGUUACUCACUGGCUUCUUAGAGUCAUUCACUGCAUUGUUAACUCUCCAUAAGCCAGAGUGUUGGUAGAGUGCAUGGUGAGUGUUGCAGUGGUGUUGCAUUCACUAACUAUUACUCUGUGUAGAUGAAAAGCUGUGGUGAGUGUGUGCAAAGUGUGAUGUGAUAUUCAUCUUAUUAUUCAUUCCCCAUAGAAGACUUCCACGACCCAUAUGGAGCUUAGGUGUAAAUAAUGAUAUUGUUUACUCUGUUUAUUCAUUGUCAAACCAACAUUGUAUGUACACCAGCUGUAGGAGGAGGAGCAAGAGGAGGUGAAGAAGAUGGAGGAAAUGAGGCACUGCAGUGAACACAAUGCACAAGAGGAGAGAAUGAUCUGAAUGGAUGGGAGGGGAAAAAAAAAGAGUAGAUUUUUAUGAUGAAAUGGCUGUUGAAGAUGAGAAAUACUUUAUAUACAGUAAUGCAGGUUUAUUUAUCUUUUACACACAUGAUGAGAAUUGGAAUGGAUUGUUGCAUUUGUUUAUAUGAUGUGGCUUUAUCUGGUUGAUGGAAUUGUUAAAGGUUCUUGAGCUUAAAAGUUUUACCUUCAUGAAGUUAAAAGUGAUAAGAAAAGAAGAAAAAAAAAAUGUGCCUUAAAUCAACAACAACAAACGAUUUUAGAACAGAAGACAAAUUAAAAUGAUGAACCAAAAGGUGACCUGACAUGAAAAAAAGUAAAAAAAAAAAAAAAAAAAAAGAAAAGGGAAACUGAUUGUAUACUUUUAUCAUUAUUUUUAUAUAUAUUUUCUCUAAUGGCAGCAAGAGUGAGGCUUUCUGUGAUAUACUGUUAUUCAUCAUUAUAUUUUGGCGUGGGGAUUUUGACCUCCAUUGGUGAGAAGAUACAAGAAAGAGAAAAGAAGACUGAUGAUGAAGAAGGAGAAAAUGAGUGAUGACAGUAAGUGCAACAGUAGCGAGGUCACAGAGAUGAUAAUGAAGAAGAAGAAAAAGAAGAAGAGACAUAUACACCUAAUAAUAGCUGUAAUUAACCUAGUGUGCUAUUCUACCGGUCAGUGUUUACAUUACAGAUCAGGGUGACUCGAGUGUGCCCGCCCUUGGCUUUAAGUGGUCUUAGUGCACCAGAUUUUGGCCUUAUAAUAAACUCCUUACUAACAUCAACUUGCUACAGACCUCAGUGUUGAUCAUAUUGGCUUGUAACCCGUUCCUUCUUGUAGAUGUCCCCCUUGCUAGGAUGCCUCCCCAUUGUCUCUCUCUGUCUCUCAUUAAGCAAGUUUAAGUAUGUAUAUUGUAAGGUUCAGUGACUUAAGGUUUGGCUGUUUCGCUGUAAGGAGUGGCAUGGUGCAGUACUUCUGUGUUUGUGGUGGUGAUGUGUGCUGUGGCGGGCAGCUGUGAGGGUUUGUGUGUGUGUGAUGCUUCUGUGUUGUUACUUUUGUUCUAUGUGUUUGGCCGUAGGUGUUAGAAUAGGUAUGGUAGGGAUUUGUGUUGAGUGCUACUACUGUGUGUGAAUUGAGUGUGAAAGGUGGUAGAAAAACUCAGACUGAAGCAAGAACAUUACUAUUUCAACCAUGUCUCUGAAAGGUAUGCAGUCAUAACAUCAGAGAACAUAGAUCUAUUCCAUGAACCUUCUUUCCACCUCUCCUAAUCAUUUGUCUCAUCUUGACUUGUAUGUGCAAUGUACCCACACCAAUACACACACUGAUGUCUGUGCACAAGUGGAUUGGUGAGAGAGACCCCUGCCUGCCCUCCUAUGUCCUGAAGGUGCUAUUGCUCCCCCUACCCUGCCUGCCCUGCCUGCCCUUGUGCUCAGUGAGGGUCAGGUGAGGCAGCAGGUCAGCCCACAAGUAUUUUUGGUUUGGAGAAAAUGUAUUGGGUCAAGGUAGUCAAUUGUAAUGGUUUGAAGGAGGUGCAGAAAUUUAACCUUGAGAAGAACCAAAACUAUUACUGUGGUUAUUAAGGAGGUAUCCAAAAUUCUUUAGUGGUUUGAGAAGUGUUAGAAAAUUGGUGUAGUUAAAGAGGUACUUCAAGUGGAAUGGUUGGAAAGACAUUAGAAAUUUUAUUAUUAGAAGAAAUGAAAAAAAAAAAAUGCUAUAGUCAAAAGAGGUAUUUAGAAACACAUUUUCAUUGGUUUGAAAAGUGAUGAAAAUUGUUUGUUAAAGAGAUAUUCAAGAAAUUUAUAAGAUAGUGAGAGAAACUUCAAUAAGUUUAUGAUAAUUACUGCAGGAAAGAAAUAAGGUUUAGAAAGAUUCCUCACAAAUUACUACGGAGAUAAAAAAAAAGCUUCAAAAUUUAAUGAUGGCGGAAGAAAUCAUAUUGUUACUUUUAUUUUAUGUAGCUUUGGAUAACAGCCCUUAUGUACAACUUCUGAAGGUCUGUAUCAAGUCAGGUGUGCUUUAGAGUGGGAAACUGAAGGUGUGGACUGUUGGAAAUUCUAUCUUGUGUUUUGAAUACCAAAUUUUAGAGUGUGUGUGUGUGUGUGUGUGUGUGUGUGUGUUUUGAGAGCUUUAAUACUUCCUACAUGAAAAGUCAACUAAAGGACAUUAUUUCAUUUUAUUUUGUACAUUAUUUUAUCAUUGAUGCUUUACAUAGUUUUUGAAAUGUCUAUAAUGAUUUUUAAGGAGAAUAACAUUGACUAGUUGUGCUUAAAUGUUGGUUCCUGUGGAAAUUUUAACAGACGGUUUAAAUGAGCUGGAGUGAAGGUGUAGUGUGUGUCAUGGAUGUGAUUUGGCAGUAAAAGAGGCACGGGAAAAGUAAAUGAUCCAGUUUAUUGUGUCUGCGCUGCAUCUAAAUUUUAAAAUUAACGAAUAAAAAAUAAAAAUAAAAUAAAUUCAAACAACACUAUGAAUCAUGAUCAGAAUAGCCAGUAAACAUUUGCAUUGGUACUUAAGGAACAAAUCAAUCAUUUCUUUCUGUUAUCAUUACAAAGUGUGCAUCUGUUCCCGAGAAGGUGACAGGCUGAGUUUUAAUUUGUCUCAUGUAUCGUAAACCCAAAACAUUCAAUUUAUAAACGUACUAUGUGUGUGUGUGUGUGUGUGUGUGUGUGUGUGAGAGAUGACCCUCCUCCUCCCGCCACACAGCCGAGGGACAGAGUCAGAAAGCUGUGCAGUGUUGUGUGUACCCUGAACCUGACUGUAUAUAGUGGAGAAUAUUUUUUUAUAGCGGGUGUGGGGCAGGCGUGUGUCCGUCUGCCGGCCGCCCAGUGCAGCGAUGAGUUGUGUAAAGAAUAAAGUGUUACACGAGAA